AUGAGGAAAUAUCUAUCACCUCAGGAGAUCAGUUUUCACCUUUUAACAGAAAUAAAGAAAGUCUUGCCGCUGUUUUUUCUGGUCAUAAUUCCAUUUUGUACAGCUCGAACAUCUAAACAGCUCGAAGCAAGUAUCGCUUGCAAAGGAAAAGUUUAUGUUAAUUUCGUUGGGGAUCGGAACGGAGCAUCACAAAUCUCAAAUGAUCCGACGAAAGUCGCCUCAAAUUACACUGCACUUCCUUCAAGUGACAUCAUUGGCGUUAGGUGCUUCAACGGAAAAGUUAAACCAUGGAUAAUAGGAAGUCUAAGCAAUGGAUUAGUCACCGACAAUCGAUGGACAUGCAUAAGUCAAGCCCCCAAGUCUCACGCGUAUUACUUAAACAACGAUAUUGGCCCGCUACCACUGGCUUUUGUGAGCUAUGCAAACAAGAAGGACAGUCCGUGGGGAAAAAUCUCAGGUAUUAGUGAGGAUGCAGUGUGGAUCUCUACUGUUGAAGAUGAUAUCACCUUUUUGUUUUGCUUGAGAAGGCUGUCUGACGUGUCUCUGAAUUGGGUUGAGCAUUCGUCAAAGGGGAUCUAUCAAGCCACGAUUGAUGACGUAGAUUACUCGUUGCGUAAUCACUCUCGAUCAGAACACCUUCUUGGUGACGUCAUGGAAUGCUUUCAAGAGUGCCUGGCUGAUCCUCAGUGUCUUUCGUUCAACUUUGAGCAUGAUUCAGUUCUACCCACAAGGAAGUGCGAGUUGAAUGCAGCUACAAAAAGACAAGAUCCACAGAAUUACGUCAAAAGGCCUGGUUACACAUACUAUGACAGAAUUUGAACAUUGCAGUUUUAGUAGUGAUUGCUUAGACGAACAGUUUCUUUGCAAUUUGUCUGAAAUUUUCUACACAUGACACGCGUACUGAUAGAUACUGGAUAUUGUGUUAGUACACUUAGUUAUUAGUGAGAAACACUCACGAGCUAGCCUUGCGUGAAAAUACUCAGCAAGAUAUGUAAGCGAAUUAAAGAUUUCCCUCGCAUGUAAAACAGAAACAAUAGUCAGUUGUCUGAGUAAAAAAUAGACUGCCCCGAA